AUGUCCCGUCGCACGGUCAUAGCUGCAGAGAGGUCCCGCCACACCGCCGAAGCAGCACGGAGGACCCGCCGCACCGUCGAUGCAACAGACUGCUCCGGCCACGCCGCGCAAGCAGAAGAGAUGUCCCUCCAUGCUGUGAAUGCAAUCCGCCCGCGGGGCCACCUUCUCCCCCUGGAUCCCCCUGCACCAUCGCGCACCGCCGAUCCACCACACCACCUCUCUGCCCAGAUCCUCGUGACCACCCACCGCCGCCCUAGCUCCGGCGAGCCACUGGCCCCUAGCUGUGGCGCCACCCUCCGAUGCCUCGACGCGCUGCCCGGCACCGACCCCUUGCCUCCGGCGCGCCACCCUCCACUGCCCCCACUGCCUCGACGCGCCACCCUCCACGACCACCACGACCUCGACGCGCCACCCGCUGCUGACCGCCUGGCUCCAGCGCGCCACCCGCUGUCGCUCCCACCGGGACCCCAGACGCAUCUCCUACAGCCGUCCCUUGCCCUUGGCCCCGACGAGCCUCCUGCCGCCACUCAUCCUCGCAGCACCUCUCCGCGACCGGUCAAUUGCUCCUGCAGGUCAACUGCUACUCCCGCGACCGGCCAAUCUCCACUAGCGCCUUUGUACUGUCUCCUGCAUCGCGCAAAAGAUCUCCCCCUAACCAGCGAUGGCAGCGGUGUCCGGGUCCAGUCCCGCUCACCUCCCCAAUCCCCGUCCCACUGGCCGACCUGCAGCUGGGGGGGUCUCGAUCUGCAGCUGGAGGAGGUCUCGACCUGCAGGUGGCGACCAUCAAGGAUUUUUUCUGGAAAAGCCACUCUGUGCCGAGAGAGAUGCCUCCAACCUUAUCUUCUUGUGGGUAUUUGCAAGUUGUCGUCAUUCUGUUCUUGUAGCACAACCGCGAAGCUGAGGAAAAGUAGAGGUUGAGAUUUCACGGCCAGGAGCUCGAUCACUUCUCAAACCCUAUGUCCUAUGAUCUGAUUCGUUUAGAAUUUUGUUAGAUUAACUAGCAAGCAAUUUUCUGCAAACUACAAAAAUGUACAGAGUAAACUUUAAGGCCGAGCACAGCGCGAGCUUCAGUACAUGGAAGUCACCCGGUCCCUACCCGCCCUACGCUAUUGAAUCAGACGCGCAACAGAGACAUUGUUGAAAAUUAUAGAGAUGUUUUAUGUCUGCAACAAAAACAAUGUUCACAUUUCUUAUGCGUGGAAAAUCAAGAAUUGAUGCGUUCCUCUGUUUGUAUGAUCAUGCCCUGGGGGCUAAGGAUGAAAAGUACCUCCUAGUUGGGCUAUGUCGCAGAGAUAUAUAGACAUUUUGGCUUUUAUUGAUUUUAAUAAAAAUGCAUUUUUCUGUU